CGCAGUAUUCACACCAUUUCUAGUUCAAGCCGCACAUGUGCAAGUUCUACUCUUAGACUAAAGAACUACAGAUACGAUCUUAAAAAUUAUUAAAGUAAUCCAGGAAAUCAGUAGACAGCAAAGAUGGAGGAUAUAGACGCCAUGUUCUCUGACCUGUUGGGAGAGAUGGACAUGCUAACACAGAGUCUUGGGCCUGAAAUGGAGCCGGCAGAAAUGACCUCCGUUUCACAGAGAGAAAACCACUUCUCAAUCGGUUUCACAGAUCUGAACGAAUCUCUGAAUGAGCUUGAGGAUCAUGACCUGGAUGCCCUGAUGGCUGACCUGGGGUCAGAUUUGGCAGAGCCGGAGAGGACAGCGAGGACAGGACACGUUGACACGCAGAAGCACACGUCUGGCGGCACAGAUGUCCCAACGCCCAUCUGCCUGUCCCAAAUGUCUUCGCUGACGUCCACGUCAUCCACGCCGCCUCCGGAACCACCCAAACCACUGCUGCCGGGAGCGCCUGAAGCAAAUUCCAAAGAAGACAAAAUCAAGCUGGCUCUGGAGAAGCUGAAGGAGGCUAAAGUGAAGAAGCUGGUGGUUCGGGUCAUAAUGAGUGAUGGCAGCUCCAAGACGCUGAUGGUGGAUGAGCGACAGACGGUGAGUGACGUGCUGAACGACCUGUUUGAGAAGACCCACUGCGACCGUAGCUGUGUGGACUGGAGCCUAUGUGAGACGAACCCGGAGCUACAGACGGAAAGGGAGUUUGAAGACCAUGAAUAUCUAGUGGAGCCUCUUUCUACAUGGACACGAGACAGCGAAAACAAAAUCCUUUUCCUUAUGAGACCCAACAAAUAUGUACUAUUCAAAGAACCCCAAAUAUUCUACCUGUGGAAGAAAGACAAAGGAUUUUUGAACGACAUAAAAGAUAUCCAGAAGGAACUUCUGCUGAAGGAACAUUUUGAGGGACCUUCUGUUAUCGUCCCAGACCUGGAGGGCCUUCUGUACCUCAGAGAGGAUGGGAAGAAAACAUGGAAACGCCGCUACUUCCUGCUCAGAGCUUCUGGGAUAUAUUAUGUUCCUAAAGGAAAGACGAAGACAUCCAGUGACCUGGCGUGCUUCGUUCAGUUCGACAAAGUCAACAUCUACACCACCAUUGAUUACAGACGGAAAUACAAAGCACCAACAGAUUUCUGCUUUGUCCUCAAGCACCCUCAGAUCCAGAAGGAGUCGCAGUACAUCCGGUUCUUGUGUUGCGACGAUGAACACACACUUUCCCUCUGGGUCAACUCCAUCAGAGUGGCGAAGUAUGGAGCCACCCUGUACAAGAACUACCAGGUGGCAGUGAAGAGAGCAUCGACCAUUGGCUCCACCCUACAUCUGACCAGCCUGCCUGCCUCCAGCCCCUCCACACCAUCCACUCUGCACAGAGGUAAGGGCAAUGGACACCCCCCUCAGGUAUGGGACUCUGCAGACUAUCUCCCAGAACCGCCCCCUGACUUUAUUCCCCCGCCCCCUCCUGGUUGGAACUCCGGGGUCUAGGGACGGAGCUUCGCUCCCUCCAUGCACAUCCAUGGUAACCACAGGAGGUUCUCAACUGACAGAUCGGACGGCCAGUGUGCAUGGAUUAGAUGUGUUCUUUGUGAAAUAGCACCCUCUGGAGGUCGCCCCACUUAUAAGACAUCUAACAUACACCCUUCCUUUCCUCGAAGUGGCUCAUGGACCUGAAGACAUGAUUGGACAACGAAAUGUAAUGGGUACAUUUCCAAACCUCUGACAGAUAGUGAAAGUUCUUUGAUUAUUUAUUUUAAUUUUAUUUUGAUAGGACUUAACUUGACCACAGUGCAGGUGUUCUGUGAAGUGACUGCAAACAGAUGAAGUGGGACAAUGACUAGGCAAUAAAGCUUACGUCAAAAAUAGUUCAACUGGACAAACUUAAUAAACUCCUGUAGUAUUACUUGUCA